AUGGAUGAUAAAUCAUAUUUAACAUUUGUUAAAAGAAAAAAAAAAAAAGUAAAUGGAAAGAUAAAUAAGGAAAAAUGUAAGAAAAGUUUUAUAAAAAAUGAAAAAUAUUUAAGAUUAUCUACAUUAAAUAAAAAUAUUAAUAAGAAAACAUUUUUAUACACAUUAUUUAAAAGCUUUAUUAAACCAUACAAUGAAAGAAAUACUGCGUUUUAUUCGAUCUUAUGUAUCAUUAAUAAUAUUUAUAAAUGUCGUUACUUUUUUAAGCAUCGAUGUUUGAUAUGUAAACCAUUUCAUGAAAAAAAAGUAGUCUCACAGGAUGAUAAUGUAUAUAGUAGUGAUGGGGAUGAUUCUUUUGCUUAUAAUAUUUAUUAUAAUUUAAAAAAAAUGAAUUUAAUGGAAUCAAAUAAAAUAAAAAAUUAUAACUCAAAUAAUAAUAAUAAUAAUAAUAAUAAUAAUAAUAAUAAUAAUAAUAAUAAUAAUAAUAAUAAUAAUAAUAAUACAAGUAAUAAUAAUAAAUCUGUAAUAAAUAGUAAAACUAAUACUAAAUCAUUUAAUUACUGUUUAACAAAAUCUGUACAAAAUAGUGAACAAAUAUUUGAAUCAGAAGAAAAAAAAGAAAAAGAAAAAAAAAGAGUAACAAGGGAAGAAAAUAAAAAAAACGAUGGAGAAAAAGAACGAGAAGGAAUAGAAGAAGAAAGUAAAACAGUAUUAUCAGAAUCUGUAAAGUCAAACAUAGUAAGUAAUAAAACAAGAUUGAGUUCUAAUUCAAAACAUAAUAUUUCUAUUAUGGAUGAAACUCAGCUUUCCACAUCAACUAUACAGAAUUUUGUAAAUGUAAAAUUAAAUCUUAUAAAUGUUAACCAUUAUCAUUUUUUAUCGCAUGAAAAAGUAAAUUACAUAGAUGUAUAUAGUUUUGAUUUAUUUGAUAAAAUAAAUAUGUAUGAUAAAAUCUUAUUAGAUUUAAAUCAAAAUGAAAUUCAUCCAAAUAUAUUAAGAACGGGAAUAUUUUUUAAUAAAUAUUGUAAUACAACUCAUAACCACAGGAAUGUUGAUUUAUUAAUUGCAUUAAAAUCAUUCAUAAAAGAUUAUACCUUACCUCCCUAUGAACCAAUUAAUAGGCACAUGAAAAUUGUAAUAGAUAAGGAGAUUAAUUAUAUUAUUAUGUGCAAAAAACAUAGUGUUAGUAUGGGAGAAGUUAUUAGAUGGUUUAAAAAUAUGAUAAGUGAACAUAUAGGAAAAAGUGUAUUAGAAGAAACUAAAGAAAUAAUUAUAAAUAAUAUUAAUAAUUAUAUUAGAACAAAAAUAGUAAUUCCAUCGAUAAAUAUAUCAAAUCAUAUAUCUGAACAUAUAAUUAAAGAUAAUGAUAUUUUAUUAAUAUAUACCUUUGAUUAUGUUAUAUAUUUAUCUAUAUUAAAAGCAAAAAAAAAAGGAAAAAAUUUUGAAAUAAUUCUCGUAGAUUCAGAACCAUAUAAAAAUUCUUAUAAUAUAAAACUAUAUACAAAAUUAGGUAUAUCUGUUACUUACACUUUAAUUAGUGGAUUAUUUUAUAAUAUAAAAAGGUGUACCAAAAUAUUGUUAGGAAUUGAUGCAGUUAUACAUAAUAGUGUUUAUGGUUAUGUAGGAACUAGUAUUAUAUGUAUGUUGGCUAAUAUAAGUAAUGUUAAUGUUUACAUUAUUUGUGAAACAUAUAAAAUAAGUAAUAAAAUUAUCAUUGAUAGUUUUAACAUGAAUAAUAUAAAUAAUAACUUAGAUAUUUAUGACUAUAUUUAUAUGCAUCAUUAUCAUCAUGCUAAUCCUUAUAAUUGCUCAUCAAAAAAAAAAAAGAAUUUAGAAUACGGUUCUACUUUUAAUAAAAAAUUAAAUAAUUUUAUUAACUCUUUUUAUGAUAUUAAAACAAAUAAUGUUUUAUUCAAUAAUGUUUCUAGUUUUAAUAAACCAACUAUUAAAUAUUCUUCUAAAUUAAAUAAAGAAAAUUCUCAAAAAAAUUUAAAUAAAACCGAUAAAAAAGAAAAAGAAAAAGAUUAUACUAUUAAUCAUAUUGUCUCUGAAAAUGGGUUAUUAAAAAGUGAAAUUAAUAAAAAUUAUGAUUGUAGCAUAAUAAAAUUUAGCAAUUAUUCCUUUCAUUCUGACACAAAAAAUGAUUUAAAUUCAAAUGAUUUUUUUUUUAAAAAUAAAAGUAUAAGUAAGGAUCAAAAUUCCUUUUUUUUUAUGGAAAAUUAUAAGGAACAAAAAAGUAUUUCUAUCAUAAAGGAAAAACCUAAUGAUUUAAUAAAUAAAGAUGAAGAAAAUAGUUUAAAAAAAAAAGAUAAAAAUCUACCUAUGGGAAGUUUUAAAGAUAUAAAUAAUAUAUCUACAAAAAAUAUACGAAAACAACAAAUAAGUAUAUCUCAUGAAUCUAAAAGUGAAAAUAUAAGCAUUUCUAUCAAUAAUAAGCAAAAUUCUCAAGAUGUUUUAAAAGAUAAUAAAAAUAAUAUAAAAAAUAAAGGAUUUUUUAAUUUAGGUAAUGAUAAAAAUUUCAGUGAAAAAAAUACAUACUCUUUAAAUUUUAAAAAUCAUUUUGAUGCUAAGAUAAAUAAUUUUAAUUCACAAAUGGAACAAAGUGAAAAUGAAGAUGAACAAAUUUCUUGUAAUAAUAUAUGUGAUUCUAUUUGUAACUCUAUUGGAAAUAUUAAUAUAAAAAAUGUUUGUACAGAUAAACAUAAUGAAACUAAUUUAUUUAGUUCUGUUUUUUCACAUAUAAAUAAAAUUAAUUCAAAUAAUGAUAAAUCAUUUUAUGUAGCUAAUAUAUGUAAUGAUGUUACCCCUCUUAAAUAUAUAAAUUAUAUUGUAACUGAAGUAGGCGUUUAUACAAGUGAAAAUAAAAAUGCUCUAAAUGUUUUUAUUCAUAAUAAUAUUUAA